AUGUACCAGAACCCCAACAGAAUGUCCUGGUUCAGUGGUUUCCUAGUCGCCAGAGUGGAUGACCGUAAGACUGCGUGGGGGGAGCGCAAUGGCAAGAAGUCUAAACGGAGGGGAGGUUCAUCUCUCUGCAACCCACGUUACAUGAGCUGUCUGCGGGAUCCAGAUGCUAUGGAGCCUCCCUCCGGCGCCCCCCUCCAUCAGCACCACCGUGGAGGGAUGUCAGGGGCCGUAGGAGGCGGGGGCAACUUUGGCGCCCGUUGCGGAUGGCAGGAGGACCACUACGGCAAAAGGAGUGUGCCCCAAGGGGUGGCGCUGAAAUCUGUGGACUUGGACUUUGAAGACGGAGAGCUGAAGGCCAGGAAAGGAGGAUGUAAUGGCGACACAGGAGACGACGGCACUAACGGCACAGCUGGCGUGGUGACGGCUGCCGACUGUUGGCUCAGGGUGGUGCGGGUAUUCCAAUCGAAAAAGUUCCAGUCCCGCAAACUGGAACGUCUAUACCAGCGAUACUUCUUCAGGCUCAACCAGAGCUCUUUGACCAUGCUUAUGGGGGUCCUCGUGAUUGUGUGCGGCAUCAUGCUGACCUUCCACUGUGUCCACGCACCCCCACACGUGGCCUAUUCAUCCGCCUUGUCGGUGGCUAUGGCGCUUUUCAUGGCACUCAUGGUGGUGUGCAACCGGAACGGCUUCCAUCAGGACUACAUGUGGAUGGUCAGUUACCUGGUCAUUGGUGUCUUGGUGUCAGUCCAAGUGUUUGGGAUGCUCAUGGUGGCACCCAGGAGUGCCUCGGAGGGCAUCUGGUGGUCUGUGUUUUUCAUUUACAUCAUCUACACCCUCUUGCCUGUGAGGAUGAGGGCAGCGGUGCUUAGCGGAGCUGUGCUGUCCAUCAUACACGUGGUCACCACCUGGCAGAUAAACCAGGCGGAUAAAUUUCUGUGGAAACAGGUGAGUGCUAAUAUCCUUAUUUUCCUGUGCACCAACAUUAUUGGAAUCUGCACCCACUACCCUGCUGAGGUUUCUCAGAGACAAGCCUUCCAGGAAACCAGGGGAUAUAUCCAAGCCAGGCUACAUCUACAGAGGGAGAAUCAGCAACAGGAACGUCUGUUGCUCUCGGUGCUGCCAAGGCAUGUUGCCAUGGAGAUGAAGGCUGACAUCAACGCCAAGAAGGAAGACAUGAUGUUUCAUAAGAUCUAUAUCCAGAAACACGACAAUGUCAGUAUUCUCUUUGCCGACAUCGAGGGUUUUACCAGCCUUGCUUCCCAGUGCACUGCUCAAGAACUGGUCAUGACACUCAAUGAACUGUUCGCCCGCUUUGACAAGCUAGCCUCGGAGAACCACUGUCUACGUAUUAAAAUUUUGGGUGAUUGUUACUACUGUGUGUCCGGGCUCCCUGAACCCCGUGCUGACCACGCCCACUGUUGCGUAGAAAUGGGCGUGGACAUGAUCGAAGCAAUCUCGCUCGUACGCGAGGUGACGGGGGUCAAUGUCAACAUGCGUGUCGGCAUCCACAGUGGCCGUGUGCACUGCGGCGUACUGGGUCUCAGGAAGUGGCAGUUUGACGUGUGGUCUAACGAUGUUACGCUGGCCAAUCACAUGGAAGCGGGAGGAAAAGCAGGACGGAUCCACAUCACUAAGGCCACACUGCAAUAUCUAAAUGGAGAUUACGAAGUGGAGCCAGGCUUUGGAGGGGAGAGGAAUGCUUAUCUAAAGGAGAACAGCAUCGAGACCUUCCUGGUGCUCGGCUGCAGUCAAAAGCGGAAGGAAGAAAAGGCGAUGAUGGCUAAGAUGCAGAGAACGAGAGCCAACUCCAACGAGGGACUGAUGCCACGCUGGGUCCCUGACAGAACUUUCUCCAGGACCAAAGACUCCAAAGUAUUCAGACAAAUGGGCAUUGACGAGGCAUCCACUAAAGACAACCGCGGUGUUCAGGAGACCAUGAACCCGGAAGAUGAGGUGGAUGAAUUCCUGGGACGGGCUAUUGAUGCUCGCAGUAUCGACCAGCUACGAAAAGACCAUGUUAAAAAAUUCCUGCUCACCUUUCAAACAUCUAGUUUGGAGAAGAAAUAUUCCAAGAAGGUGGAUGAUCGUUUUGGUGGCUACGUUGCUUGCACCCUACUCGUAUUCUGCUUCAUAUCCUUCAUACAGAUUGUCAUUUUUCCACACACUCCGGUCAUGCUGGGAAUCUACAUCAGUAUUUUCAUCAUUCUGGCCAACAUACUUUUCAUCUGUGCCAUAUACUCUUGCAUCAAGCUCUUUCCUGCUGCAAUGCAGACAGUUUCUAAAAAGAUUGUCCAGUCUCGCACCAACAGUACUCUGGUUGGAGUGUUUACCAUUAUCCUCGUCUUCAUCUCUGCCUUUGUCAAUAUGUUUUCAUGUGACACCAAGAGCCUAGCGGAGUGUGUUGCCGAGAAGUCCAACACCUCCGCAGCCAUGGUGACGCCAUGUGUGAUCCGCCGAUUGAAUGUGUCCGUCGAAGGGGGUCUCGAGAUCUGUCCCAGUCAAGGCCCUUCUUGUCCCUUUCCUGAGUACUUCAGCUACAGCGUGCUGCUGACGCUGCUGGCCUGCUCAGUGUUCCUGCAGAUCAGCAGCAUUGGGAAGUUGGCCCUGAUGCUGCUCAUCCAGCUCAUCUUCCUGCUGCUUGUCGAGUGGCCACAAGUAGCACUGUUCGACAACGCUGACCUUUUUGUCACCUCCAAUGCCAUUGAUCAAAAUGAAACAAGUACUCAGUGGUCCAGUUUCAAUGAAACUACAAGCCAGUGCCCAUUUGUUGUGACCAAAGUGUCCCUAAGGGUCAUGACGCCUGUGAUCCUCACAGUUUUUGUGCUGGCACUCUACCUGCACGCACAGCAGGUGGAAUCGACUGCACGCCUCGACUUCCUGUGGAAAUUACAGGCGACUGAAGAAAAGGAGGAGAUGGAGGAGCUGCAAGCCUACAAUCGCCGCCUUCUCCACAAUAUUUUGCCUAAAGACGUGGCUGCUCACUUCUUGGCUCGUGAGCGGCGCAAUGAUGAGCUCUACUACCAGUCCUGUGAGUGCGUGGCGGUCAUGUUUGCCUCCAUAAGCAAUUUCUCCGAGUUCUACGUAGAACUGGAGGCCAACAACGAGGGGGUGGAAUGUCUGCGUCUGCUCAAUGAGAUUAUCGCUGACUUUGAUGAGAUUAUCAGCGAGGAGAAAUACAGGCAGCUGGAGAAGAUCAAGACCAUCGGCUCCACGUACAUGGCUGCCUCCGGCCUCAAUGACUCUACAUAUGACAAAGAGGGCCGAUCCCACAUUACAGCAUUGGCUGACUAUGCCAUGAGACUGAGAGAACAGAUGAAAUAUAUCAACGAGCAUUCCUUCAACAACUUCCAGAUGAAGAUAGGUCUGAACAUUGGACCGGUGGUAGCAGGGGUCAUUGGCGCGCGGAAACCUCAAUAUGAUAUUUGGGGGAACACUGUCAAUGUGGCGAGUCGCAUGGACAGCACAGGGGUACCAGACUGCAUACAGGUAACAACAGACCUCCACCAAGUGCUGGCAAGCAAAGGGUACGUGCUGGAGUGUCGCGGGGUUGUUAAAGUCAAAGGUAAAGGGGAAAUGACAACCUACUUCCUCAACGACGGGCCUCCCAACAGUUAG